AACAAUUACAACAACAGCAACAACUACAACAACUUUAAAAGCUGCAGCGACCGUCCAUCAAGCAGCUGCCAGCAUCAGCAACAACUAUAACAACAACAACAACAGCAACAACUUCAACUAGAUCGGCAAUAGCAACUGCAACGACCAACAACCGGCGAGCAGUUCAAGCCCAGCAACAACCAACAACAACUAACAACCAACAAUUGACAGUCAACCAACCAUCAGCAUGCAACGUCUACGCACGACUUUCACGCGUUCGCGAACUCCAACGGGCGCCGAGAUGAAAAUGCAGAAUAGCCUCGAGGUGCCCAAGCAGGUGCGCUCUGCCUCGUUUGAUGAGAUGCAGCUGGAGGCGCAGCGCAUGUCGGCUCAUCUGCUGAAGCAGCAGUCAUCCUCGUCAGCGGAGGAGCGGUCAUCGGAAGGCGGCUAUCUGCAGGUGCCGCAGGCAGCGCAUGCGCAACGUUCGCACAGCUUUGACUCGGCAGCUGCCUCGGUGGGCAGCGACGAUUCUGGCGCCUUUCUGGAGGUGCCGCGCCGCUUGAAGGCGCGACGUAGCUCGUCGACCAAAACGCCGCCGCCAUGCAUCCAUUGCUACUAUGUGGAGCAGUACGAGAAGCAGAUGAGCGCCGAGCAGCGCUACUUCAUUGACCAUCGCGAGCUGACAACACUCAGCUACAGCAACACCAGCUCCGAGGCUAGCGAUGAUGAGGACAUAACCGAGGCGCUCGAGGAUGACGAAGACGACGAGGCCGACGGACCAGCAGAGGGCGAUGCAGAAGCCGACGCGGAUGCCGAUGUGAAUGCGGAUGGAGAUGCUUGCGCUGAAGCGGAUGCCAGCGGUGGCACAGAGCUAGACGAUGAUGCGGCCGCUGAGAUGGACAUCCGCAUGUCCAAUCUGAGCAUGGGCAGCAGCAUUGAGGAGUCACGGGCGCGUCUGCCCAGGCAAAUGCGUCGCCAUACGAUCGGCAGCUCGGUGACAACCUCCGAGGAUGAGGGCCUGGAAGGAUCUGACCAUGGCUCGCCGCACUUCGGCAACACGCUGCUGCCGCCGCAGCCAACCACGCCCUGUGGCAUCACCUUUACGCUGUCGCCGACCAACGGCGAUUAUCCACCAUUUCCGACCUAUGCGUUUCCCAUUGACCCCAGCUCGCCGCCGGUCUCGCCGUUGGCCACGCCCACGCCUGCAUCAGCGUCCGUGGUGCGCUCUAGCCCGCUGCUGGAGCUGCCGCCAUCGGCCACCGGACAUAUGCAGCUGAGCGCAACAGCAGCCGCAGCAGCUGCGGCACUGACCCUGCCCGCUGUUGGCAACAGCGGCGGCACCACCAUCAACGCAAGCAGCAUUUGCAUCAGCGCCGAUGUUGACGAAGCCGGUGUCGCGAUGGGCGUGCCACCGGGCCGGGCAAGACGUCGCUCCAUUUCGCGGCAGGAAGCCAUCUUUGUAGAGCCCACUGGCAACUCGCUGGAGAAUGUGUCGCACGAGGAGGUGGACAACACCAAGUCAUCAGUGGACACGGCAGACUCACUUGAUGAGGCCUCCACGAUGGCCACUUGCGGCUCGCCAACGGCCGCCAAUGCAGCAGCUGCGGCCAAUGCUGCCGCGUCAGCACAUCAUGCCGGGUUCGUGGUGCGGGACAUUUAUCUAACUGUGCCGGAUCUGAAGCGAGACCGUGCCGCCUCGGUGGACUCAUGCUUCACGAAGCUGUCGUCGGGCGGCAAGACCGAGGAGCUGCAGCCCUCCGAUGAUGGCUGCUUCCUAACCGUACCGAACAUCAAUGCAACACGAUCCCGUUCCGUGGACAUUGUCCUGCCCACCGACGAGCAGGCGCGCUACAAGGCUCUCGCCAUGACAGGCAGCGGCGGCGGUGGCAGUGGAGCAGCCGCUGGCCUCUAUGCGGAUGGACGCACGGCCUCGUCGAGCAAUGCCCGUAGACCGAUUCGCAUUGUGCCCGAUUGGACGGAGAACGCGGUGCAAGGCGAGCAUUACUGGAAGCCCACCUCAGCCUCGGGCGAUCUCUGCUGCCUCAACGAGGAGUGUAUUAAGAGCGGGCAGCGCAUGAAGUGCUCGGCUUGUCAGCUGAUUGCACAUCAGAACUGCAUUCCAAUUGUGAAUGAAAAGACUCAACUAGCGUGUAAGCCAACAUACCGGGAUGUGGGCAUCAGGCAGUACAGGGAGCAGACAACCACCCACCAUCACUGGGUGCACCGCAAGCUGGAGAAGGGCAAGUGCAAGCAGUGCGGCAAGGUGAGUCCCAUCAAUGGGCUUUAUGUGAGCUAAUAAUCAUUAUUAUCAUUAUCAUGGCGCUAUCGCGCGUUGCAGGCGGUGCAGAGCAAGCUCUUUGGAUCGAAGGAAAUUGUGGCUUUGUCGUGCGCGUGGUGCCACGAGAUAUACCAUAACAAGGAGUCGUGCUUCAACCAGGCCAAGAUUGGCGAGGAGUGCCGUCUCGGAAACUAUGCGCCCAUCAUUGUGCCACCAUCGUGGAUUGUAAAGCUACCGAAUAAGGGCAACUUCAAGUCCUCGAUACGCGUGAGCAACAAGAGCAGCUCGGCAGGCGGCGCUGGUGGCGGCGCUGGUGGUGGCGGUGGCGGUGCCGGCGGCAAGGGCAAAAAGCAGACCCAGAAACGUCAGAAGUGCAAGGAGGAGAAGAAGGAGCCGCGCGCCUUCAUCGUGAAGCCCAUUCCAUCACCGGAUGUUAUACCGGUCAUUGUCUUUAUCAAUCCCAAAUCCGGUGGCAACCAGGGCGUCAAGCUAUUGGGCAAGUUCCAGCAUUUGCUCAAUCCACGCCAGGUAUUCGAUCUGACACAAGGCGGUCCCAAGAUGGGUCUGGACAUGUACCGCAAGGCUCCGAAUCUUCGGGUGCUGGCCUGCGGCGGCGAUGGCACUGUGGGAUGGGUGCUAUCCGUGCUCGAUCAGAUUCAUCCGCCGUUGCAGCCGGCGCCGGCGGUGGGCGUGCUACCUUUGGGCACCGGCAAUGAUCUGGCCCGAUCGCUCGGCUGGGGCGGCGGCUACACGGAUGAACCCAUUGGCAAGAUACUGCGAGAGAUCGGCAUGUCUCAGUGCGUGCUAAUGGAUCGCUGGCGCGUAAAGGUGACACCCAAUGACGAAGUGACCGACGAUCAUGUGGAUCGCAGCAAGCCGAACGUGCCGCUGAAUGUCAUCAACAACUACUUCAGCUUCGGCGUGGAUGCGCACAUUGCGCUGGAGUUCCAUGAGGCGCGUGAGGCGCACCCGGAGCGUUUCAAUUCGCGCUUGCGCAACAAGAUGUACUACGGCCAGAUGGGCGGCAAGGAUCUGAUUUUGCGCCAAUAUCGCAACCUCUCACAGUGGGUGACGCUGGAGUGCGAUGGCCAGGACUUCACUGGCAAGCUGCGCGAUGCCGGCUGCCAUGCCGUACUCUUUCUCAACAUACCCAGCUAUAGCGGCGGCACACAUCCCUGGAACGACUCCUUUGGCCAGACGAAGCCCACCAUCGAGGACGGUCUCUUGGAGGUCGUCGGCCUGACCACCUACCAGCUGCCCAUGCUGCAGGCGGGCAUGCACGGCACUUGCAUCUGCCAGUGCCGCAAGGCGAAGAUCAUUACCAAACGUACCAUUCCCAUGCAGGUCGAUGGCGAGGCCUGUCGCGUCAAGCCCUCCAUCAUUGAGAUCGAGCUGCUCAACCAGGUGCUGAUGUUGUCCAAGCGCAAGCACGGACGCGGAGAUGUCCAAGUCAAUCCGCUGGAGAAGAUGCAACUGGCCAUACUGAGGGUAACCAUGCAGCAGUACGAGCAGUACCAUUACGACAAGGAGAUGCUGCGCAAGCUGGCCAACAAGUUGGGUCAAAUCGAGAUCGAGUCGCAGUGCGAUCUGGAGCAUGUGCGCAACAUGCUGAACGCCAAGUUCGAGGAGUCCAUAUCCUAUCCAAAGGUCUCGCAGGACUGGUGCUUCAUUGACUCGUGCACCGCCGAGCACUAUUUCCGCAUCGAUCGCGCCCAGGAGCACUUGCACUACAUAUGUGACAUUGCCAUCGACGAGCUGUAUAUACUGGAUCACGAGGCGGCCACCAUGCCUCAGACACCCGACCAGGAGCGCUCCUUUGCGGCCUUCUCGCAGCGGCAGGCGCAGAACGAGCGACGGCAGCUGGACCAGGCGCAGGGCCAUAACAACGGCAACACGGAUGAGGACUUGCAAAUUGGUUCCAAGCCCAUUAAAGUGAUGAAGUGGAAGAGCAACAAAGAUCGCUUAUUCAGUUUUAACGAAGAUGUUUUUGGUUAUGGAUUCAGCCCUAUACUGGAGCAAACUUCCGAUGCCGUACUACUAGCGGCCCAGGGCGGCGAUCUGAAUAUGUUACGUGCACUACAUGAACAAGGAUACUCAUUACAAUCAGUGAACAAGAACGGGCAGACGGCGCUACACUUUGCAUGCAAAUACAAUCAUAAGGACAUCGUCAAGUACAUCAUUUCAUCAGCCACACGACGUGUCAUCAACAUGGCGGACAAGGAACGCGGCCAGACAGCUUUGCACAUUGCCGCCGAACAGAAUCGCCGCGACAUUUGCGUUAUGCUGGUGGCAGCUGGCGCCAAUUUACAAUCACUGGACGCCGAAGGCAACACGGCCAUGAUGGUGGCAUUCAACAAGAACGCCAACGAGAUAGCCACCUAUUUGGAAAGUAAGCUGCAAGCAGAGCUGGCCACCGGCCGCGCGACCCAAUAAGCAAAGUUACCAAUCCACUCCAACGCCAUCCAUGUAGUGCUCGAAUAGAACAUUCACCAACAUCCACCAUUUUGAUGAUCUGUCAACCUUCGUGUCCACGUUUACAUUUCUAAUGCGCAAACACUUUACUCUUUUGCUGCCAAUCGAAUGGAAUCACGUCUGCGAAUUUACCACAAUGUUCAACUGAUUAAACUCAACAACAACAACAACAACAACAACUACUACAACAACAAACACUCAAUGCGAAUACCAACAUUCCAACUCAAUUCCAAAUGCGACAAAACUGAAACAAUUUGCUGCUGGCCCAAGGUCAAGAGCGUUUCAUGCAUUUGGAGCUGCAAACCAGAAUUUAAACAUAAGAAUUCAUAUAAUAAUGAAACAAAAGCAAGAAAUUAGAAAUUCAGCCAAAUUGCAAAGCUAGUUUCACAGCAAAGAAAGAAGAUGAAAAAUAAGUAGAAGAAGAAGAAGACGAAGAAGGAGAUCAAAGUGUUGCCUACUUCCGGGCGCAUGAAAUUAAUUUUCAUUUCAAAAGUUUUGUUUGUUGAAUUCUUGCUUUAAUUUGAGCAUACUUAUAUAUACGCAUAUAUAUAUAGAUAUAUAUAUUUAUUUUUUUGUGUCUAUAUUCAACUAAUGGGAAAACAUGCAUAAGUGCAUACUAAGCAAAAACAAAAAUGAAAACGUAAAAAAUUCAAUAUAAAAUUAAUUUUAAGCUUAAGCAAAUCAAGUAAAAAUACAAUUCUCAACACAAGAACGCGUUGCUUUAGCACUUAAGUGACAAUUUAUUUUAUUAAAAGAAAACUCAAGAAUAAUUAUAGCUACCCAUGCACCCACACACACACACACACACAUACACACACGUACGUACAAUCACCUCUCGGAUUGCUGCGUGCCUUUUUUUUCUUAAACAAAUAUUGUUUUCACUUCUUUGGCAAACAAAAUUAAAAGAUGAUUAUAUUGUGAUAUCUAAAUUUAAUUGUACUAAUACCCACAAGCAAAGAGUAGAAGAAGAGGAAGCAAACCCAAGCCCAAACAACUAAAAAUGCAUGAAAAUGUAUGGGCAUUGAGCAAAGGCAAUGGGCCCAAGCGGCGUAUGAUUGAUAUUAGCCAAAGCAUUUGCUAAACACACACGAAUACGAAACACAGCAACAAUACCAGCAACAACAAAGUAUACAUAUUCGCAUAGAAAUUAUAUAGAAGCACAUA